UUUCUUCUCAAUUUUAAUCUGAAAAAAAAAAUCAUUAAAAACUGAAGGAGAGGCAGGAAAAAUGAAGAGAUCCAUUCCAAAGUCCAAAGUGAAAAGAAAAGUAGAUCUAAGGAGGAGGGGGAAUGACUCUCACAUAUAACACCUAUUGUUUACUGUGUGACCUCCCCUUUACCCUUUACCAGAGAGUCUCUGCCUUUACCACACGACUCGCUCACUCAAGACAACUAAGUGAUUGCUUGCUUGCACUGUGACUGUGAAUAUUGUGCAACAACUGACUGUCAUUAUCUUUGGAUGAGUUGUGAAUCGUUUUAAAUUCUCUCUCUCGAAACAGCCGGUCAAUUCUUUGAUCAUAAAUUCUUGUUUCACACAGUUGCCUUAUCGAAUAGCUCUACACUACAACUACGAUAAUAUUAUGAUUUAGACGUCUAAAAAUAGCGGGUUAGUCAUGAUCCAAACGAGAUUGUGUUUGCGUUCAAUUUCAUCAUUACCGUUAUUUAUUGCAAUUGUAUUUCAUCUCUAGAUUCUAGUCUACAUGUUAAAUGUAGGCUGCAUCAUCGGAGCAUCAUCAUCGAUACGUGCUGCUCUCGCUGUUCUCAGUUCCAGGGACUUGCAAUUCUACGGGACAUAGGAUUGUCUGCAACAAAUUUCUAAGCUGUGUACUUCAAAGUGGCAUAGACACUACAAUGAGUGAAACUUCCAAACGAGCAAACUAUUUCUACUGUGUGCGGGUGACCAACCCAUUUGUUCACGAUGCCAUUCAAGAUGCUCUUGAUUGGGUCUUGGAUAAGGAUCCCCAGUACACAGAUUUCUGCUACACAAAGGAAAUGCUGCAUGUCACUCUGUGUGAGGUGUGUUUGGAGACAGAGAAUGACAUUGAGAGGGCAAGUCAAGCUCUGACAAGCAUUGAGGAUGAGCUGAGAGCUAACCUCCCUCAUUCAGAGCUUACUCUGAAAGGGAUUACUACAUUCUUUGACAAAGUUAUGGUUGCAGAUGUCGAGUUUGAGAGAGAUUUUUUGAAGUUUGCCGAGUUUUUCACAAGAAAAAUGAAACAAGCUGGGGUGAAUGUGGUGGAAAAGCAUGCCUUCAGGCCUCACAUGACGAUUAUGAAAGUGGUUAUCUUAGGCAGUACGGAUGAAAAUGAGGAAAACAAACCAGUCCCUUCUGAGGUCCCAACUGGAGGCAGUCUUAGGCUUAGGACUACUAUAAGGUAUCAUCAAUGAAAGCAAGGAAAGCCAAAGUGGAAAACAUCAAUCCUUGGCUGUUCGUCAACUUAAAAAAAACUCUUUUCGGCACUCAGUCAGUAAACUCCAUUCACUUAUGUAAGAUGGGAUAUGACAGGCGAGAGGACGGUUUCUACAAAACACCAGGAGAGGUUAUUUUUAAACGACAGCAUUAAGAAAUCCCUCCUUAUUUUUGCAGUUAAUAACAUGAUAUAAAGUAAAGAGUUGAAUCUCAAGCCAUCUUAAUACAAAAAUAUGUUAAAAAAUCCAUGUCAUUAGGAUUGCGUCUUCUAUGAUAGAACAGUUCACUACAAAAUUAACUCUUCUCUAAAGGUUUCUCAUAUUUUUGCCCAUCAAAUCAGCAUUCUUUCAUAAAACACGCCAAAUGCUUUGACCUAGUUUCCACAAAACAAUCCAACCAAUGAAAAAACACAAGGAAACUGGCACAUUCCUGUCGUACCACUAGCUGGUUAUUUGUCAAGUUUGUUACCUAUGCCAGAACAUUUAUAGUGUGUAUUUUUGUGUGUUUAUGGGUGCAUUUGUGUGUGUGUGUGUGUGUAUGUUUGUGAUUGAGUGAACUUGCUUGUGUUUGUAGUUUGUGUAAGAGGGAAAGAGAGAGACA